AUGAGCUGGUCAGAAAAUUAUGACUUCCACUAAGGUGCUUCUGGGCCUAAGGCAGUGCAAGAUGGCUAUAAAAGGCAGCCCAAGUCUCUGCUCUCUCAUCCACUUCUCUCACCUUCUCCUCCUCUGGAAUCAGGUGCACCUGUGACCCCGAACCAUGUCCUGCCAGCCCUGCAACCCUUGCUGCCAGCCCUGUGGCCCCACCCCGCUGGCCAACAGCUGCAAUGAGUGCUGUGUCAGGCAGUGCCAGGACUCCCACGUGGCCAUCCAGCCCCCGGCCGUGGUGGUGACCCUGCCUGGGCCCAUCCUCAGCUCCUUCCCACAGAACACUGCCGUGGGAUCCUCCACCUCUGCUGCUGUUGGCAGCAUCCUCAGCUCUCAGGGAGUGCCCAUCAACUCUGGGGGCUUUGACCUCUCUUGCAUCACCAGCCGCUUUGGUGGCAGCAGGUGCCACCCCUGCUAA